UAGAGUAUUAAAAUCUGGAAGAUUUUUAAACUACAAAAAUUGAUUACAAUACUUUCCCUUUGAUCUAAUCUGCGUUCGUUUUGUUCUUGUUGCAUAAACAAUUGAAGCAAUUAACCCUAAAUCAAGAAAUCCUAAUCGAUUCACCAGAUAAACCCGAAGCAGUUCUUGAAUAACGCUGUACAGAAUCUACAGAUUACAUCCAACCAUAAAAUGUCGUCUGUCGUACAACCUCCGUCUACGAUGGCAUCGUUGGUUCUUCCGAAAACCCGAUCUACAAACCGCAAAAUUUGGACACCUGCAAACUACAGGUUAACCUUUCCUCAUUUACUCACAAAACACCGCACUGUAUGCUGCACAAAUGCAACCCCAUGGGACCCACCUCCCGUCAGAUACGCUGUAGAAGAAGAUAACACCAAAGGCGAGUUCUUAACGCCGUUAACGGGUCCCACCACCUUAUUUGAAACCCAUGAUUCUAAUCAAACAAAAAAAGUCGAAUCUGUAACAACGGAUACAAAACGGGUCACGAAAGGCGGGUUUAUUAGAUGGCCUAUGUGGCUUCUCGGCCCGUUGGUUCUAUUAGCUACGGGAAUGGUUCCGACUCUUUGGUUACCAGUUUCGUCAAUCUUUUUAGGACCGAAUAUAGCCAGCCUUUUGUCGUUGACCGGUCUUGACUGUCUAUUCAACCUCGGCGCGUCACUGUUCCUGCUCAUGGCCGACGCGUGCUCACGUGACUCACGUCCCAACACCCCGGCUCAAGACCCGUUUCGUAGCCGACCCCCGUUCGGCUACCGGUUCUGGAACAUGGUCGCAACCGUAUCCGGUUUCGUCUUUCCGUUAGCCAUGUGGUUCGGUUCUCAAAAGGGUGUUUUAACUUUUUUUCAACCUCACAUUUCUCCAAUUUCUUUCGGGAUUCUCUUGGGGCCGUAUCUUUUGCUUCUUGGGGUGCAAAUGCUGACGGAAAUGCUGACGUGGCACUGGGAGUCGCCUGUGUGGCUCGUGACGCCUGUCGUGUAUGAAGCGUACCGCGUGUUGCAGUUGAUGAGGGGCUUGAAACUUGGGGCUGAGCUUGGUGCACCGAGUUGGACCGUUGAUGUGAUCAGGGGUUUGGUGUGUUGGUGGGUCUUGGUUCUCGGGGUGCAGGUCAUGCGGGUUGCGUGGUAUGCUGGUUUUACGGCUCACCUUCGUGGCAUCCAACGCUAGUGAUGUUCGAAUUACUUAUGGUUGAUGCACAAUGCAAGUUUCAUGUUACCAUUUUGGUAUUGUUUGUUAAGUACAACAAUAAGGUGUAAUGUACAUAUUUUUUUAGCAAUUUAGUGUUUGAUGUUAUAUUUAAGGGGUCAUGAGGGGUUUGUAGAAUUGUAGAAAUCGAUCUAGAUCGUUGAACUUGGAGCCCGAACUGGGACCGGCCAUUCAUGCAUUAAAUGGUCGGGUUUUUUUC